CAAAAGUUGGCGUGCCUCCGUCAAAUGUCGCAAGAAAGCUGGGAGAUUUCCCCACUUGCAACUGGGAAGGCUGGUGUCCGAGGCAGCAGGAUCACAGCAUAAGGUCCGAACCUCCGAAAUUCUCGGAAACUCCGAGCGUUUUGAAGGCGGCAUAAGUGUUUCUGACUAGUUCCGGCGGAUCUUUUCAAGUCUCGUGCAUGCAUUUAUGGACCUAUUAAAGAAGGCCAUGGAACUAUUAAAGAAGAGGCAAAAGCAGGCGAUCUGAAAUGCAGCCAAUCCACCUGACCUGCUUCAAGUGCAAGAGGCCUUGAAUUUAUCAACCCUGCCUUCCAGGGAGGAUUGGGUCGAAGUGCGCAUGCGGAACCACAGAUGGCGAAAGAGGAGGGAAGUUUAAACAGUCCGCACAGCGUAGACUGCUUCCUGCACACAAUUGUUCAAACUGCUCCUCAGAGUCAACAAUCAUCCUCUCGUAGUGAAAACGAAACGUAGUGAUAAGACCAUAGAUCAUUAUAAUUGCGUAAACCUACCAAGGCGAGGCUGUACACAAUGGACACUUCCUAUGAUCGGAGUUCAGAUUCGCCCUCAAAGAACAGUUAUAUCGGGAGUUAUUAUCAGCCUCCUGAUAGGAUACUGCCCAGACCUGAACCCCCUUUGAGCAUGAACACACCGGGCCUCUCUCCUGGGCUCUCUCGGACUACUGACGCUGUUAGUAGUAAAGCUGUCAUUGACGCACUGAAAACGCUUCAGGAGAAGAUCAGGCGGCUUGAGUUGGAGAGGAAGAGAGCUGAGAAGAACAUCCAGCCUUCCUCCCUGGCGGCGUGUAGCGUCGAGCCCAACGCCACCUCCUCGAAGGGCCCUACUCGGAUACCACACACCGCGGCCCCCAAAAACAUCAACAAGACCGAGCUAGUCUCACAACUGCAGGCUGCAGAAGCCCGCUGUAGGGGCCUUGAGAAGCAGCUGGACUACAUGAGAUGGAUGAUGGAGAAAGCCCAGCAGGACAAGAACACCCUGGCAGAGAAACAGGCUUCCCUUCAAAGGCAGACGGUGACAGACUGUACAAGCCUCCAGAACCAGCAAGAGAAGCUGGAGAAGCUAGAGAAGGAAUGCAUCAAACUCAGCCAAACCCAAUCUCAAGCAUCGAGGAAGAUGUUCUUUCUGGAGCAAAGGCUAGUAGCAGAGGAGCAUGAGCGCAGGCUGGUGCAGGAGAAGGCAGACGAGCUACAGCGGGAGAUGGACAUCAACCUCCGACUGUCCUCCCCACCAAGCCAAGAGCUCAAACCAAAGAAGAAGUCUGGGAGAGCCAGCGCCUCGAAGCCGUCCAGUGAGCCGAUGUCGCAGAGCCUCCCGACGGCCAGACGUCUGCCCUUUGUGGCAGGAACUUCCACCAGCCCGAGCCACUCGGUGAGCGGGAACAUGCAGAGUCUGCUGCACAUGCUGAAGCACCAUCAGCCCCAGCUGUGCAACCACAUGCGCUCCCUGCACCAGGCGCGUGGCGGGGCCCGCAGGAGCCUGCGCCGGGCCUUGACCGGGGCCUCGCCGACGCCCGAAACCUCCGGGCCGGGGCGAGCGGCGCAGGACCUUGACUCUCUGUCGGACCUGCUGCUGGCCCUGCAGGAUGAGCUGGGACAGAUGAGCUUUGAGCACCAGGAGCUGGUGCGUCAGAUUGAGAAGGUCCCGGGCCGAGAGACUUCGGAGGAGCUGGAGCCAGAGCUGGAGAGCCUGCUUAAGAAGAUGGAGGACAAAGGAGUCCAGAUCACCAAGCUCCGCCAGCACCAGCAGACUGUCCGCCUGCUGACCCAGAACAAGGGGCGAGCUGCCGGGGGAGGUUCUAGGGGCUCCAAGGCGAGCGGGGCCAGCAGUCCCCCACAGCCGUCGCCCGUCAGGGAGAGGCGCCCGGGGAGGAGGGGCGGGGCUUCCCAGAGCGGCCUGCACAUCCUCAAGGAGACCCAGAGGUUCAGAAACAGCCUGAAGACUGAUGAUAUAUCGUGGGAGACAUAGGUGUGUGUGUGUGUGUGUGUGCGUGCGUGCAAGGUUUCCUUGCUUUUUGUAUAGUUUACAGAAUUAUUUUUGCUUUGUCUAGAAUUAUAUAAAUUAAAUCCUGCACACAAAGGUUUAAUGACAGGCAGUUAUUAAUAAUGUGUUGAGUGUUUGUGUCGUUACCUCUUUGUCACCUCAUGGUGUAUAGAAAUAAAUUCAAAUUCUGCUAUUUUAACAUUUAAUGAAUUGUUUGUAUGACGUCAGCUAUUGGUUUCUGCCAAUAUCAUCUUCCUUUUUUCCCCUACGUUAAAUUAAAAAAAAUCAGCAAUGAUAACAAUAUCAUUGGGGCCUUAAAAGUCAAAUGCAUUUCAAAACCUAAACUCAACUACGGUAAGUCUCUGGGGAAAACUCUAGAGGGCAGUGCUGGGCAUAAUUACUGAAAAUAUUUAACUUCGAUAAGCCCGUCAUCAGUAAUUGUAUUUUAGAUUAAGUUUGGGAGAAAGAAGUGUUACAAAACCAUUCAAAUUAAAUUUGAUUAAAUGUCGUUGCAUUAUCUAUUUCCCGUUUUAGCGGUAGUUUUGAGCCACAAGCCUAGUGGUGGUUUAUGCUGUGGAAGGGGAUAGGGUCGGGGUCGCUUCCUUUUACUUGCGUUUUAUUUUUACUUUGUAACCCAUGAGGGACUCGUGAUUAAAGAGGAAGUGGCCCCAUCCUAUCCACUUCGUCAGCAAGACCCACGACGUUAACACUUUAAAUCAUGGCAAGAUAUGCAACAAGCUCCAUUGAAUGGUUUUGUAAACUGUUAUUUUCUCACCAGCUUAAUCUGAAAUACAACUACCGAUUCAUCCUCAUCAUCCUCCUCGUCAAUCCGUUUAUCCGGGGUCGGAUCGCUGGGCAGCAGCUCAAGCAGGGGGGCCCAGACUUCUCUUUCCCGGGCCACAUUGAUCAGCUCCGACGGGGGGAUCCCGAGGCGUUCCCAGGCCAGUGUUGACAUAAUCUCCCCACCUAGUCCUGGGUCUUCCCCGAGGUCUCCUCCCCAAUGGUCAUGCCUGGAACACUUCCCUAGGGAGGUGUUCAGAGAUCCUGCAUUGUGAACCCCAGAGGGCAUCCUUAGCCGAUGACAACUACUGAUUUGUUAUCUUAAUUGUUGGAUGGCCUGUGCACAUGGUUAGCGCGGCAGAAUACUGGUGUCUUGUGGUGAGGGAUUUAGUCACAUUGGAUGACGAGCCAUGAUUCCAGUGUUUGCUCUCAUACCUUCUCUUUGGUCAACAUCUUACACCUCUUUGCUGGCUUAAACCAAAAUUAUAUGGCAUCCAGUCCACACAUUUGCAAUGCACCACAUUAUACCUGGAGAUCACUGUUAUAAGAUUUUGGCUUGGUUUGUUUAAUUGUUAUCUUCCAUUCUGUCUGUUCUUGUAUAUUUUUUUGCUCACUUGUUGUGUGUGUGUGUGUGUGUGAGAGAGGGAAUCCAGGUUUUUUUUCUUCAUGUGCCUCUAUUAGAUUACCAAACAUGGCUGGACAGAGAAAUUUAGUUAGCUCUGCCAAGCCCCAUCCAUCCCCUUACACACAUAGUAUUGAGAGCACGAGGUUAUUCUGACCUUUCCAGCUCACUUUAUAUGAAGUCAUUCUGUUUUACCCUCUCCAUGGCCAUUACUCCCACGAUGGUUACAUCCCCUACUUUUUGCUUUGUUUUGACCGUUGAAGGUCACCUGAAAUCCUAUGAAAGUAAUGACACAUUCAAAGUAUGUAAUAGACGCACAACCAAAGCGGUGUCUAUUUAAUUCUCUUUAAGAAAAAGUAUUGGGAAGAGACUGACUGCAUUUUUUAUGUUUAUUGAUAACAAUAAAGCUGUAAAACUAAAGUCACUACUGCACUAGACCGAGGCCAACCAUUACAGCUCAAACAUACAACAAUCACCCCAGCCGUUUGAUUGUCAAAACUGUAUUGUAGAAACUGUUUGUGGUGUUGAGAUAGCCCCCGCCUCUUUCCUGACACUGUCCCGGAAACGUCGCCAGCCUUGAACCUUGGACCUCAGCAAAGAAAAAUGAAUAAAAUAAAGGACAACAUGGUCAACAACCCAGAACAUUGUUCCUGUGACGAUAUGUUAAGCAGACGUUUUCUUUCCAUUAUCAGCUUCUGCUAUGUGAGCAGGACUUUCUGUGACACUGGGGAUUGACAGUGUAUCCUGUUUCAGGCACAACAGCAGUCUGUUGGUCCCUGGGUUUGUCAUGUGAACAUGGGGGAUAGCGUGAGGAAGUAUAGCCUGGUUACUCUGCUGAUUACCUUGUUGGAGGAACACCCAUGCAACAGGUGCAUGGGUGUAUGCGCACUAUUAAGAUUGACCUUUGGACCCUUCAUAGAAAAUACUGUUUGGUCCUGAUGUAUGUUGAAGAGUUAGUUGCAUUUUUCCAUGCAAUAAUAA